GCAGACGUGGUCCUCACCCUGGACACGACACAGAGGUUCCAGAGGGUGAAGGGGUUUGGGGGCUCCGUCACCGACUCGGCUGCCAUCAACAUCUUAUCCCUGCCGGAAGCGGCACAGGAUUCCCUGCUGCGCUCCUACUUCUCUGAGGAAGAGCGGCCGCUGUCGCUCUACGCCAGCCCCUGGACCUCCCCACCCUGGAUGAAGACCAGCGAGUCCUACGUGGGGAAGGGGACGCUGAAGGGACAGGCAGGGGACAGGUACCACAAGACCUGGGCCAACUACUUCAUACGGUUCCUGGAUGAAUACGCCAAGCACAACGUGACCUUCUGGGCGGUCACAGCAGAGAACGAGCCCACGGCUGGGCUGAUCAACAACUACCCCUUCCAGUGCUUGGGCUUCACGGCCGAGCAGCAGCGAGACUUCAUCGCCCAGGACCUGGGCCCGGCGCUGGCCAACAGCUCCCACCGCCACGUCCAGCUCAUCAUCCUGGAUGACAACCGGCUCCACCUGCCACACUGGGCCAAAGUGGUCCUGGAGGAUGAAAAGGCAGCUCGCUACAUCCAUGGCAUUGGCAUCCACUGGUACCUGGACUUCAUUGGUCCCAUACAGGACACAGUGUUGCCCACUCAUGAGCUCUUCCCUGACUACUUCAUCCUGGCCACGGAGGCUUGCAUCGGGGCCCAUUUCUGGGAGCGGGAUGUGAUCCUGGGCUGCUGGGAACGGGGCAACCAGUACAGCCACAGCAUCCUGACGAACCUGAACCACUUUGUGUCCGGCUGGACCGACUGGAACCUGGCCCUGGACCUGGAGGGAGGCCCCAACUGGGUCAAGAACUAUGUGGACAGCCCUGUUAUUGUGGACAGCAGUGAAGGCAUCUUCUACAAACAGCCCAUGUUCUACCACAUGGGGCACUUCAGUAAGUUCAUCCCUGAAGGCUCCCAGCGCGUGGGGCUCGUUGCCUCCAAAGAAUCCAAGAAGACAGACCUGGAGUACACGGCGUUCCUGCGCCCCGACGGCGCCGUCGUGGUGGUGGUUCUGAACAGGUCCCCACAGAACAUCACCUUCGGCCUGGCUGACACGGUUGGCCUCAUCUCCGCCGUGGCUCCCGCCAGUGCCCGGCCCUGCAUCCCCAAGGAUUUUGGCCACGGCUCAGUGGUUUGUGUCUGCAAUGCCACGUACUGCGACACGCUGGACCCCGUGGCUGUGCCAGCACCCGCUCCAGGUUCCUACGUCAAGUACGAGAGCACCAAGGCUGGCAAGAGGCUGGAGCGGAGCGAGGGGAGGUUCCAGCGUAGCCUGCGUCCCCCAGGGCUGCUGCUGACAGUCAAUGUCGCCGAGCUGUACCAGCGCGUGAAGGGCUUCGGGGGGUCCCCGGCUGCCAUGAACAUCCUGCGGCUGUCACAGCCAGCCCAGGACAACCUGCUGUGCUCCUACUUCUCCGAGAGAGGGAUCGAGUACAACCUCAUCCGGCUCCCCAUGGCUUGCAGCGACUUCUCCGUGCGCCCCUACAGCUAUGAUGAUGUCCCCCAUGACUAUGAGCUGAAGCACUUCAGGCUGGUGGAUGAAGAUGUGAAGAUGAAGGUCCUGGGCAAUGCCACAGCUGCCAGCUACGUGGCUGGCCUGGCGGUCCACUGGUACCUGGAUGCCAUUGUCCCACCACGCUGCCUGGAGGCCACCUACAAGCUCUUCCCUGAUCAUUUCCUCCUCUACACCGAGGCCUGCAGUGGCUUCUUCACCUUCCGCUUUGCC